AUGGCAGCAGUUACCUUGUCACCAAUACCAGAAAGCUUUUUGAAAAUGUCCAAUAGAAGGACUCCUUUGUCUAACAACCCAAGUGCAAUUAAUUCUCCUUUUCGAGCAGUGGUAUCAACAUCUACCUCUUCAAAACAAAAACGUUCUCAUGCCAAUGUCCAACGCGAGGAAACAUAUGGCCAGCCACCACCAGCUAAGAAGCAGAUGUUGGAAGCUCAUUUAUUAAGAACCCCUCCACGCUUUCUCAAUAUUCACUCCUUGGGAUUAAAUGCACUCGCACGGAAAGACGGUGGCAACCAGCUCACAUCACUUGAUCGUAAAUUAUUUACUGCCCGAGAACGUACGCAGAAUUCCCUUGCAAAGCCUGAGAGAAGUGUGAUUGAAGAUCAAGAAUCCAUCAGACAGUGGCAGAAGCACUACAGAAGGAUAUUCCCAAGCUUUGUAUUUUACUUCGAGAAUGUAACGCCUGAUAUACAGGCUAAAUAUUCAAAGGCAGUACUAAUUCUCGGUGCCCGGGAAGAAAAGUUCUUCUCUAACACCGUAACUCAUGUAGUUACCACCAGGAAUAUUCCAUCGUUAAUUCAAGUCAAUUUGGAAGAAAAUAGUGCACCGGUUACCAAUUCUGAGUCUCAAGUCAGCCAAUCUCAGACCAUAAAUCCAUCUCUUCUCGAAAAGUUUUCGGAGAGUACAAAUUGUAACUUCGAACUUGGCUCCAAAAUUAAAGCAUCUUUAGAGGCACAGACAGGCAGAAAAUUUGGAUCUUGUAAUGCUAUGGGUGAUUCAAAGAGGCAUAUUGGACGUAUUACAGAUGUCUUACACAAAGCUCGUGGACUUGGUAUGAAGAUCUGGUCGCUUGAAAAACUAGAGCGGAUAAUCAGUGUUAUGUUUGAUACUGAUUCAGGAUGUCUUGCUAGCCAAGUUAAUCGGAAUGGCUCUACGUCGGCAACCAAUUCCAGAAUAUGCCACGAAACAGAUCUUCAUUCGCUUCUAAGAAAUGAAAGAAUGAAUGGUCCUUCUGAUCGUGACCCAAGCGUCGCUUCGAAAGAGCUUUCUCUUUUCAAGGGACCUUUUAUUUAUAUUCAUGAUAUUGAUGAAAGGCAGAAGCCUAUAAUGGUCCGAGAGUAUCCUAAAGUGUGUAAUAAGGAGGACGGAGACUGGCCACAAUUCCGAAGUGUUGCGAAUGGAAAAUGUCCCUUUAUUGAUGAAUUUGAAUAUAAAAAGCGAGAAGUAGAGAAAGAAAGAGAGCAACUUAGGCUUCGGAGACAGAGAGAAAAAGAAAAGGGAAAAGCGCUCGAUGCUGGGAAUUUAGCUUCACCUUGCGUCAUGCAACCUCCCAAUCUCGUCAAUGGAAAAUGCGAUAUUGAAGACCAACGCGACGAGUGUGACACCGCAGCCACGGCAGCUCAGCAAAAAAAAAUAUUUAGCCAAAAAAGAGAAUCCAUCUCGCAAAAAAUAACAAAUAAGUCUUUGAUGAGCGGAAACGCAUUUGUCAGUCGUGCAGGGGUGGGCCGCCUUUAUGGUGGUGAGCCUAUUGCAUCUGGUGUUCAGCCCGUUAUUACCUCUGCUAUUCGGUCUACCAUGUCUUCUACAACAACACAACCUGGAAUUAAGGCUGGAACAAGCAAAGAAGUUCACGAUCUUCAGAGGAAAGUACUGGAAAAAAAUAGCUACGGAUCUGGAUCAUUUGGACCAACAAGCUCUCAUCGAAUAAUUGAAUGUGGCACUUUAACUCUUGAUGAGGGUAAUUCAAGAAGUAGUAAAAAAAGCUACACCGAAAUAUCCAAAGCUGAAGAUAAUUGUAACUCACUAGAUGUAGAUAGGUCUUUACCGAAAGCCGAGUCUAGUAAAAAGAACAAAUCAACCCCACAAAUAAGCGCAUCACAAAUCGACCCUAAACCUGGCUAUUGUGAAAACUGCCAAGAUAAGUUCGAAGACUUCAACGAACAUAUCCUUUCCCGCAAGCACCGAAAAUUUGCUGAAAAGCAAGAAAACUGGAAAUUACUUGAUGAAUUAUUAUCACAGCUCGUGCGACCAUCUCGUAGACGUUUGGAAAGUUUUGGAGAUUUAUCAUAA